AUGGUGAAAACUCAUGGAGCUUCCUCUAAAAAGACCCCUGCUUCUCAACCCAGAAAGGUACCCUUUCCAUCGCCUCCUCCAUCUGUGUCAACGACACCUCCAUCUGCUCCAGCACCAGCGGCAUCUGUUGGGAAAACUCCCAAAUCCAAGGCGCGCAAGAAGGUGUUAUCCCUCUCUACUGAACACCCCAUGGUGUUUCCAGAUAUCACGGCUGAUAUUGUCGACGUCGCACCACCAUCUGAAGUGGUGGUGCCUUCUCGAGCUAAAAACCUUUCUCCUUUUCCGAUUGAAUCGUCUCUGGCGGCUAGGGCAAAAUCCAAAUCUGUUUCAUCCUCUUCCAAAGAUGUUGCUGCUGGGUUACUCAAGCUACCCAUGAAGCCAAACCAGUCCAAGAAAAACUAUGUGGCUCCCAAAAGGAAAUUGGGGUUGGACUCAUCUUCAUCUCCUUUGACUGCUGCCAAGAAAAGAUUGAAGGCUCAUCCCCCUUCUCCAUCUUCCUCCGAAUCUAACCCUGAGGAAGAAAAAUCUGAGUCUGAAGCAACCCAUGAUACCACCUUAUCUGAUGAAUCUGUUCCUGACAAUGCAAAAUCAGAGGCUGAGUCUGAUGAGCCAGAACAAGAAGACAUUGUCCCUUCUGAACAAGAAGCUGAAUCUGACACAGAGCCAGUUGCAACUCCUUUUUCAUCCAAGGCUAAAGGCAAGAGACCUAUUUCUAAUUCUACGCCAUCUCCAAAACCUCAAGUGUAA